AUGAGUUCGUCUGUGUACUUCAAGUUCAAGUCCCAGAAGGAGCCCUCGCGGGUGGAAUUCGACGGCACCGGCAUCUCGGUCUUCGAGCUCAAGCGUGACAUCAUCAUCAAGAGCGGCUUAGGCGAUGGCACUGACUUCGACCUCGCCAUCUACUCCGAGGACGGUAGUGAAGAGUACGAUGACGAUACUGCCAUCAUUCCCCGAUCAACUACUGUCGUCGCGCGACGCCUGCCACCCCAGAAGCAAGGAGCAGGUCGCGCUGCUCGAUAUGUAUCAGGCAAAAUGCCUGCAAAUGCGAAGAACCAUGGCCGAAGAGAGCACGUCUCCAAGACUGUCAAGCCUGCCACGACCGGCCUUGCCCAGAUGAGCAAGGCGCUGACCGAGGAGGAGAAGAUGAUGGCCAUGUUCCAGGCGCAAUCAGACCAGUGGAAUGCUCAGCAGGAAGAGAUGUCGCAUCAAUCCGCUGUGUACAAACCCGGCGCAAAGAAACCGGCGAAUGUACCCGACCACGAACCUCCAAAUGGGUACAUCUGCUACCGGUGUGGCCAGAAGGGACAUUGGAUCCAAGUCUGCCCUACGAACGACAACCCCGAGUUCGACAACCGACCCCGCGUCAAGCGCACCACAGGCAUACCCCGCUCGUUCCUGAAGACUGUGGACAAGUCAGCUAUGCAACAGACCGGUGCAGAUGGCGAGGAACUGAAGCCUCCGUCCGGUGUCAUGGUUAACGCAGACGGUGAUUUUGUGAUCGCAGAGCCUGACAAGGCGUCGUGGGAACAGUACCAGGCAAAGACAAAGUCAUCCGCAGCCGCUCAGAAAGCAGCUACUGCUGGAGACAAGGAACUUGAGGAGAGAGGCUUGCUGUGCUCCAUCGACAGCCGGAUGUUCAUAGAACCAAUGAAGACACCGUGUUGUGAGAAGACGUAUUGCAAUGACUGCAUCACCAAUGCUCUCAUUGAGAGCGACUUCGUCUGCCCUGGUUGCCAGACAGAUGGUGUGCUCAUUGAUGACCUGAAGGCAGACGACGAAGCAUCUAUCAAGAUGGGUGAUUUUCUCAAGGACAAGGAGGCCGCCAAAUCAAAGGAGCGAUCACAAAGUCCACCUGCAGCCAAGGCUCUGUCACGCUCUCCGACGGUGAAGGAAGAGACGCAAGUCGAAACAACAAAGGACGAGUCAUCAGCACCUGAGAAGACCAAGUCUCCUUCGCCACCUUUGUCAAGCACCAAGUCGCUACCCGCUACAGAUGGAAGAAGGAAUUCGGCAACUCCUAGCUCUACGACUAGUCCUACUGAGGCCCCGAAGCUACAAGAGACGAACUCGAAGAAGCGACGGGCGGAGGAAUUGAUGGAAAACCCCAAGAUACCCAAGGGCCCGAAGGCUAUGCGAAACGCACAAGCCAACCAAGGAAUGCCGAACAUGAUGCAACAAGGCAUGAAUGGCAUGCCCAUUAUGCCAGGGAUGAUGCCCAACAUGAUGCAUUUCCCCAUGAACGGUUUCGCUCCGCCCAACAUGAACAUGGCGAUGAUGAUGAACAUGAAUCCCAUGAUGAACCCCAUGAUGGGCAUGAAUGGCAUGAAUGGCGGAUGCAACCCGGCAGCCUUCCAGGGCAUGAACGGCAUGUUCGGAGGCAACAUGGGCAUGAACGGUGGUGGAAUGGGCAACAUGGGUGGAAAUAACCCGAAUGCCGGAGGAAUGAACGGAUUCAACAACCAGCAGCAAGCCCGCGGGCCCAACUUCGGCAACGGCGCCAACGGCGUCAACGAAGACGACGCCUACUUCCGCAAGCCGGUCAAUCCCGGACGCCACCAGAACCGCCAGCGCAGAGUCCGGCCCAGCGACUACCGGGAGCUAUGA